AGCAGCUUUUCAACUAAAGUUCACAUCCUUAAGGCAGUGGUUUCUCCUUGUGUGCCCUGCGCAGGAAUCAUUUUGAUGGCAAUGGUGUAGACCCGGUUCCUCGGAUAUAAUCUGUGCACCUUGAUGAUGGCUGUAGCACUUUCUGUUCGCAGUGAGGGACUGAGGGGCUUCUCCAGCCCAAAUCCAGGUAUUAAAUGGCAGAUGCAACACAAGGUGGAUGAAGACGAAUUGGGGGAGAAGGGAAACACAGUAUUCACACCCUUUGAAAAAGUCAUUUACGAUAUGAGGAACAAUGAAAAAGUGAAAAGUGAACUGAUACUUGGAAAGAGGAUUGGAUUUUACCAGCUCCGCGGAGAAAUUGGCAUUGGGAACUUCUCAAAGGUGAAACUUGGAAUACAUUGCUUGACGAAAGAAAGGGUAGCAAUUAAAAUUAUGGAUAAAAAGUGCCUAACCCACAAGAAACAGGAGCUGUUCAUAAAUGAAGUCCUGUGUAUGGAGCAACUUCAUCAUCCAAAUAUUAUCCGAUUAUAUGAGGUGCUGGAGUCACACACUCGUCUACAUCUGGUCUUGGAGUACGCAGAAGGAGGGGAUCUCUUCACCAAGAUCUGCACACAGGGACGCCUCUUGGAACACGAGAGUAAAUUUAUAUUUAUUCAGAUUGUAUCGGCUGUCAAACAUAUGCAUGAAAACAAUGUGGUACAUCGAGAUAUCAAAGCAGAAAAUGUCUUUUAUUCACAUGGUAACCUUGUGAAAGUGGGUGACUUUGGCUUCAGUGUCCUGUGUCCUGUGAAUGAACCGCUUAAGACGUGCUGUGGCUCCCCUCCAUACGCAGCCCCAGAGCUAUUUAGAGAAAAAAGUUACUUUGGAAUCCACGUGGACAUUUGGGCUCUGGGUAUCCUAUUAUACUUCAUAAUGACAGCCACUUUGCCAUUCCGUGCAGACACAGUCAAGAAGCUAAAAAAAUCCAUCUUAUUGGGAUCAUAUUCAAUUCCACCUUAUGUAUCCGAUCUCUGCAAGUCACUAAUACAUGGAAUUCUGCAACCCAUCCCGACUAACCGCUACUCUAUAGCCAACAUCCUGGACUGUCCAUGGCUGAGGGGGUUGCAACUUCCAGAGCCGCACCAACCAUUCCACUUGAGUCCAGAUCACCUGGCCGGGCAUAUGCCCCUCAGUGAAGAGGAGAGUGACGUGAAAAAUGCAUUGAGUGACCUAGGGAUCACGGUGGGACUCAUCGGCAAUAACCAUGAUUGGGAGUUUCACAAUCCUAUCAUUGGCACUUAUCGCAUUGUUCUUCACCAGAGACAAAAAAUAUGCUUUGCCCUGAUCAACAAAUGCUAUGUUACUCAUCACGCCUAUUCAUUAUGUGACAUCAACGGCAUCAUUUGA